AUGGAGACCUGGGACGACCCGGAUCUGAACGCGGAGGACCGCACGCGGAUCGACGGCGACGUCGUGACGAUCACCGCGGACUUGAGACAAGCGCUUCGAGAUCGAAAUAAGCGAGCCACGGGGUACUGGCACCUUUUUUGUUACCUCUUCUUCGUGGUCUUCUACAUGGCCGUCGUGUGGAUACAAGCGGACGUGGAGAACGCGUACCGGGUCACGUCCAGCGUCCAGAGAGUCCUCUUGCCGAGGGACGACGACGGCGAGGUCGUGACGCGGAUGACGUCCCCGACGCAGAUUCUAGACUGGCUCGUGGGCUCCGCGUUUCCGGUGUGGACCAACGAAGUCUGCGGCGACGGCACGUGCGCCCCGCCCUUCGAGUACCCCGCGUACGGACGCUUCGGGUGCCAGGCCGACUGCGGCGUCGCGCACAACUUGGUCACCGUGCUGUUGCAAGUCCGCGCGGACUUCCGCGACGAUUUAUAUUCCCCCCGAGCGUUGAUGACGGCGGCGAAAUGGAAUCUCUGCAGACGCGACCAGGAGGCGUACCGAGCCGGGUACCCGGACGUGUGCUGGUGGGAGAAGGACCGGACGUUCACGAAGUUCAAGGAGAAUCACCUCGAGACGGUGAACGUCCCGAAAGGAAGCCAGUGGAUCGUGAAGAUCACGGGGGAUUACAUGGGAAGGGUCGCGGGAAACGUCUUUUUGUCUGAAAACGGCGCGUUGCCGUGGGUCGGCACCGUCCCGGACUGGAAGUCGUGCGACCGGAACAUCAUGAGCACGCGCCGCGCGGUGGACAUCGCGAGCGGGCGCCGAAGGAGCCUCCUCGAGGAAGUCACCGAGGAGCUCGAGGCGCACGAGGCCAUCUUGAGGAAGCACCAUCCGACGGGCGCGGCGGAGCUCACGGAGGGGUCGCUCGAGGAGCUGACCGCGAGGCUGCUGAGCAGACGCGACGUCGAAGUCCUCGCGGCCGCGGAGGAGGACGCGCGUCUCAACGCGACGCGCGGGAACCCGAAUCGCAUCGACGGACGGCUGCUCGGGCAACGGUCCGCGGCGGCGCCCAAGCAUCGCGUCGAGCAUUACUUGCGCGUCGCGUCGAAGCGCGCCGCCGUGUCGGGGGAGGGUAUCGAAUCGCCGGGGGAAGAAGCGCGCGCGGCGGCGGCGGCGCCGGCGCCGGCGGUCGCGCCCGACGUUCACGCGACGCUGCACACGUCCUCGGCGGCGCGAGAACGAGGCCUUGGACCCAGGCGACGGCUCCUGCGAGCGCACAGGCUCCGAGAGGCUGAGGCGGCGCGCGGCGACGCGUCCGCGUCGGGACGCGCGCGCGGCGGUCGCCGCCGACUCGCGUCGCACAACGCCGCCCCGGGGCCGGUGACGCCCGCGCCGUACGUCUCCCAGUGGAGCGCGUUCCCCCCCGAGGUGGAUCCAAAACUCGAGCCGCGGCCGUCCUCCGCGGUUUUCCGCGCCGUGGGCGGAGGAAACGUCAGCGUCGACGCGGCGGACGACGAAGCGCGCGCGCCGACGGCGGCGUCGAGUCUGCACGCGACGUUCGCGGGCGACGAGGUGUGGUCGUUCUCCACCGCGCUGACGUUCGAGGCGUGGGUGAUGCCGGCAGAUUUGACCGACGACACGCGUCCGGAGACGCUCGCGUGGUUUGGCGACGUGGAUUCGUACGGGUGGGGGAUUCAGCUGUGGCCCGGAGGAUUUUGCCCGACGGAGACGACGGAGACGACGGAGCCGACGCGUCGCCGGAAACUUUUGGACCACGUGGAAUGCUUGCCGCACGAGGUGAACGCGUCGUACCCCGGCGGGUGUGAUUACGGCGCGCCGCUGCCGGAGCCGCCGCCGACGCCGGAGCACUUGCAAGACGCGGUCGUGUUCGUCAUGAACGGUCACGUCGCGUGCGCGGACCUCCCGUCGUCGAACGUGUCUCUGGAACGCGGCGAUUGGAACCACGUCCGCGUCACCGCGGGGCCGUCGGACGAAACUCUCGGCGUCGGCGAGGGGAACCCGAUGAUCGUGAAGUUUUACGUCAUGGGCGAAGAAGCCGGGAGGUUCUCCUCCGCGGACGAGUUCUGGAUCGACGUCGGCAUCGGCGUGGCGACGAACCUCACGCUCGGAAGCAGAGCCGGAGCGAUGCCGUUCACCGGAUGGAUAGACAACGUCCGGCUCUUGGACGUCGUCCCGCCGGCGUGGUACGUCGACAACGCGAGAAACGCGCUGUACGAUUUCGACGUGUUCCCGGUCGAGCUCGAGCACAACAUCAUCGCGAGGUACGACUUCGACGGCUUGGAAGCGACGGAUAAGGGGCCGGGGUAUUUCGAAUACGGACACAACAUGACCGCGACGACGUACGUGGACGAGGACCACGUCGGUCCGUUCUCAGAGGAAUACUAUUUCGAGGCGCCGAUGGUGUACUUCGACGGCGACACGCAAUACCUCGUCACCGCGCGCGACCCGAAGCUCGAGCCGUCGGAUUACCUCUCGUUCGAGGCGUGGAUCAAUCCGUGGGGCUAUUCGCAGAUGGACAGACCGAUCAUCGCCAUGGGCGACUUGGGGUGGUCCGUGUGGCUGAUGUGCGCGGGUCAUUCGGGAGCCGGUGAAAUGUGCUGCGGACGCGGCAGACACGGAUCGCACGCGCUCGCGUUUAUGUCCAAGCACGGCGCGGACGCGGACGUGUGCGACGACGCGCCGUCGCGCGGUAACGUUCACCCGGGCGUCUGGAACCACGUCGCGGUGACCGUGGACAACGUCCUAAAGAACGUGACGUUUUACGUCAACGGCACGAGCGUCGGGAGCGUCGUGUCGCACGCGGUGGGUCUGAACCCCGGGUUCGGCGACCUCACGAUCGGAUCGUGGCUCCCCGCGUCGGAUCUGCCGUUUAAUUUUUCCAUGUUCGAAGGGUUCAUCGACGAGGUUCGCGUCUACAACGCGGUUCUCCAGCCGGAGACGAUCGCGACGUUCAUGCGAAUGACCGACGUCGCGGGAAUGCACCCGAACCGAGACGACAUGAUCUUAUACUACACGUUCGCGAGCGGCGGCGGCGAAGGCGGUUUGCUGCGCGACCGCGGCGUCGUCGCGCCGCACAUCUCCGCGGCGGCGCAGUCGAACAGUGACGGGUAUUACGUCACCUCCUGGGUACCUCCUCACCUCCUGGGGAUCGACCGCGUCGUCCUCUCGAAGGGUUUCCCGAGGCACUGGGACGUCCUCGGCGGCGGCGCGCGCGGCCUCAACCUCACGGACGCGUUCGCGUCGUCCAACGACGGCCGCCGAGUCGCGGUCGCGGCGACGAACGGAAGCGUCCUCGUGUUUGAGACGACGGGCGACGGCGCGUUCGCGCGGCUCGGCGGCGCCAUCGACGUCGGGGGCGACGUCGCGGACAUCGCGCUCUUGUUCUCCGGCGACGGGACCCGCGUCGGCGUCACCGGGACGCGACCGGCGCGGCCUUCGCCGGCGUGCUGCGCGUACUUCUACGGCGCGAGCCCCGAGGACGCGAUGUACGAGUACAAUUUGACCGAGCCGCCCGCGCCCGCGGACUUGUGCGGCUACUGCGAACCGGGGUUCGUCUGCCGCGAAUCCGUCACAGCAAUCGGCGACGAAUCGACGCAAACCAUCACCGGAACGGAAGUGGACGCGACGAGGCGCGACUGCGUCUCGUACAAUCAUACCAGGGAAUCGUGCAUGUAUGACUGGUAUUCCUUUGAGACGAACGGGUUUCCGUGCGCGAGCAACGACACCGCGGUCGAGUACCCCGCGGGAUACGAGAACGGUCACAGGUACAUCGGGUACGCGAUGAUGUAUGCGUACGACGCGAACGCGUCCGAUUGGGUCGAGUUCGGGUCGGCGUACGAACCCGAGGGACCGGACGAGGGCCCCGUGAUCGUCGGCGCGACAUCGCACGACGGCUAUCACACCGCCCUCGGCAUGCCGUUCUGGAACACCCCCGGGAGGAAUUCCACGUGCGCGACGUACGAAAUCGAUUUCGUGAACUUGACGGGUACACUUGACGUGAACUUGACGUACAUUCUCCCCGGCGGACGCGGGCGGUACAUCGUCGUCUCGCACCUCGAUCACAUCAACCUCGCGGAGGUGGAGGCGUACCACGCCAACGGCACGAACGUCGCGCGUAACAAGACGGCGACCGCCUCGGGGGUGUGGGCAAAUAAAACGUACGCGGAGCCUUCGAAACUCGUGGACGGGAACGUGCAUCCGUUCUGGGUCAUGGACGACACGAACGGGAUCGCGCACACGGGCGGCGGGCGAGACGCGAACGGAUACGCGUGGUUUCUCAUCGACUUGGGCGAGGUCGUAGACAUCGACCGCGUCGUCGUGUACAACAGAGACGACGAGUGCACCGGCGCGCCCGUGUGCCGCUACAUGAUCGUCGGCGCGCACGUCGUCGUCACGGAGUCGAUUCAACCGGACGCGUUGAACGAAAACUACACGUGCACCGCGCGCGCGGCGAACGCGACGAAGCACCACCUCUCCGGCGGGGUGAAGGCUUUCGAUGCCGUGUUCAACGAAACCUCGGAGGCGUUCGAUUGGAUACAAGUCGGCGAGCCGAUCGGGGUCGGCGGCGGCGGGAACGCGUGGUGCAAAGCCGCGGACGUGAUCGACGUCAAAGACGCGAUUCAAUCGUUCAGUUUCCUCGACGAGGAGAGCGGCGACCCUUCUUACGGGAGGUACGUGUUCCUCACGAAAGGGUCGGCGGACGGCUCGGGCGGGGCUUUCGGCAGAGGCAUCCAUUCAAUGUACUGGGUGCUGAACAUCGCGGAAAUUGAGGUGUACGACGUCAACGGCGUGAACGUCGCCCUCGGGAAGAACGUCACCGCGAGCAGCGAAAAAAGCAGCGAACACGGGACGUACUCGCCGGGCAUGCUCGUGGACGGCGUCUUGGGAAAUUUCGCGCACACCGAUCGCUUGCAGGAGGACCCGAUGCCGUGGUUCAGGAUCGACUUGGGAGAAGUGAUGGAGAUUUCGCGCGUCGUCGUGCACAACCGCGACCAAGACUGCAGUUCGGACACGUGCGACGACUGCUGCCGCGCGCGCAUCCUCGGCUCUCGCGUCGUCGUGACGGUGGAUCUGUCCGAGGUGCACGUCGACGCGGACAACGCGUGCGUGGACGUCGCGGGGGCGGCGGUCGGGGCGGCGACGGCGAUGUCGCGCGACGGCGACGUCCUCGCGAUCGGCGCGCCCGGGUUCCCGAUGUAUUGGAACCCCGCCGCCGGCAUGGUCGCGGUGUUCCAACGCCAAGGCCACGGUCUCGCGAACGCGAGUUGGACGUGGAAGUUGACGAUUUCAUCCACGCACGCGACGUACGAUCACGUCGUCGCCGACGACGUCGUGUAUCCAGACGUGAGCUUCGGAGCGAAACUCGCGAUGUCCCCGGACGCGAAGACCGUCGCCGUCGCCGCGCGUCGCCUCGCGCAUUUCGACGCGUACCACGGCGACGAGCCGCGCCUCGACGCGACGGUGGUGACCGUGUACGACGUCGACGUCGCGGCGGGGUCGCACGAGCGACGCGGCGGCGACAUCGUCCUCGACGGCGCGGAGGACGCGUCGGUGUCCGUCUCCGACGCCGGCGACGUCGUCGCGAUCGCGUUCAGAGACGCGCGCGCGGGCGCGCGGGCGCGCCAGACCCGGGUGUUCGAACACCUCCCCUCGCGCGGGUGGUCGCCCGUCGGGGACGCGAUCUACAAUCUCGACGCCGCGGCGAUAUCCGGCGACGGCGCGCGGCUCGUCGGCGCGGGGCCGCGGCCGCCGACGGGGCCGCCGCCGCCGCCGCCGCCGACGUGCGUCGACGCGCGAAUCACGACGACGCAACGCGUGUACGACGACCUGCCUCUCUCGGGACUCGCGCGGUACGUGUUCCUCACCGCGGGCGCCGCGGGGGGGGAACCGUUGACGGCACCGUUGAACGUCGCGGAGUUGAUGGUGUUUAACGAACACGGCGUCAACGUCGCGCUCGGUAAACCGUGCUACACGAACGGCGCGUACGAACAUUUUUGGUUGAAUGUCGACGGGGGAUACAAACUCACGGACGGAAACAUCGCGGGGGGUCCACCGGAGAUCGUGCACUCGUCCUCGGCCGAGUCCGCAUAUCGUGACGCCGGCUUCGCCGCGGACCCCGGCUUCAUUUGGUUCAUGGUCGACCUCGGCGACGUCGUGAACGUGUCCCGCGUCGAGCUGUGGAACCGCGUCGACUGUUGCGACGAGCGUCUUUCGAAGAUCGACGCGAGAAUCGUCCUCGUCGAAGACACGAGCCCCGAAUUCUUCGACGCGUCCGAUAACACGUGCGUCCCCGCGCCGGAGCCGUUCGGCGUCGACGUCUACGCGCUGCCGUGCGACGCCUCCGCGCGCCCGCUCCACGGCGACGUCGGGAACUGCACGAACGCGCUGCCGAUCGGCGCGUCGUGUCGGAUCGAAUGCGACGCGAACUUCACGGCGACGCGCGACGGGCGGACGACUUGCGCGGCGAACGGCGAGCUCGUCGCCGCGACGUGCGAGGGUCCGCACGCGCCGCCGAACGCGACGCGAGGGCCGGCGUCGCUGUACUUCAACGGCGUCGACACGCUUCUGUACACCCCGCGCUCGGCGACGUUUAACGACGCGACUUUGAACGAGCUGACGUUCGAGGCGUGGCUGAAGCCGACGGAGGGCGCGUCGUCGCAAGUCGUCGCGAUGAUGGGCAACCUCGGAUGGGGCGUCCUCCUCAUGUGCAACGAACGCGACGGCCGCGGGCUCGGGUGCUGCGGCGAUCACGUCACGAACUCGAUCGGGUUCUGGACGAACGAGGACCGCGCGAACGUAAACGCGUGCGCGUCGACGCCGUCGUCCACGGUGGGCGUCGUCCGCGGGGCGUGGAACCACGUCGCCGUCGCCGUCUCGGACGGGCUCGUUCGAUUUUACGUCAACGGCACCGCCGCGGGGAACGUGAGCUCGCCGGACGUGCGGUUGAACCGCGGCGCGGCCGCGUCGGUGCAUCGACACGACGACGGGCUCUACUUUGGCGCGCUCGGGUCGCUGUGCCCGACGUGUCUUCGGUAUCGCGGCGGCAUGGACGAGAUGCGCGUCUUCGCCGCGGCGCUGACGGCGCGACAGAUCGCGUACUUUCACGACAUGGACAUCCCGAUGUGGCAUCCGAUGUACGAUCGCCUCGUCGUGCACUACAAGUUCGACACCGCGCACGGGAACACCGUGUACGACGGGUUCAAGAGCCAAGAGUGGGUCAUGUUCGGCGAGCGCGGACAAGUGGACGGGUACCAAGACGCGAUCAUCACCACGUCCUCCAGCGACGAACUCACCUGGGACGCCGACGACAACGUGGAGGUCCGCAGCGUCCCGGCGCCGCCGCCGCCGCCGCCGAGCCCGCCGCCGCAGCAAGGUCCGGCGUCGAUGUACUUCAACGGCUUAGACACGAAGCUCACGGUGAACGCGUUCGAUCGACGGUUACAGCCUGCGGACUACCUCACGUUCGACGCGUGGAUCAAGCCGGACGCGGACGCGGACGGCCUGCAGACGAUCGCGCGGCUCGGCACGGGGGGCUGGGCCAUCAUGCUCAUGUGCCCGUACGGCGCGGGCGCCGGGUGCUGCGGGAACCACGUCCAAAACGCGAUCGGGUUUUGGUCCGCAAAACGGCCGCACACGCAGGCGUGCCAAGAGACGCUCUCGUCCACGCGCGGCGUCCCUCCGGGCGAGUGGUCGCACGUCGUCGUCGUCGUGUCCUCCUCGCCGGAGAAGAACAACGUGACGUUUUACAUCGACGGCGAGCAAGCGGGGUCGCACGUCAGCGACACGCUCGGGACGAUCAACCGCGGCCUCACGUUCGACGAAAAUGGCAAGUUGAUAUUGAAAACCAACGGCGAGCCAGCGCGCGACAGAAGCGACGCGACCGGGUCGCUCGUCGUCGGCGCGGGGCCCGAUCUCGGCCUCGGCGCGCGCUCGUGCCUCAACUACAAAGGCUUCGUCGACGAGAUGUGGCUGUAUCGCUACGCGAUGACCGCUCACGACGUCAAGACGUGGCACAAGAAGAUCCUCGAGGCGUACGCGCCGAUGUACCCGCACGCUAUUCUCGGGUACACGUUCGACACCGCGAACGGGUGGACCGUCCUCAACCGCGUCGCGGCGACCGGCGACGUCUUCGACGCGGAGCUGUGGACCGCGGACAGAGGGAACGUGACGUGGCGAAAUAGCAGCAACGUCGCCAAGACGUUGCAGCCGUCUCCGCCGCCGCCUCUGGACGUCGCGGCGCCGGAAGGGCCGUCGUCGCUUCGGUUUGGGGCGAACGACACGAUGACGUCCGGUUUCAUUCGCGACUCGACCGACGGCGCGCUCGCGGUGGACGAGACGCUGACGUUUGAGGCGUGGAUCAAACCGAACCGCCUCGACCGAAUGCAAGUCGUCGCGUCCUACGGCGUCGGCGACAACGCGACUUCGGGGUGGUCGUUGGCGAUCAUGUGCCCCGAAGGCGGCGGCCGAGGGUGCUGCGGCGAUCACCUCCGCGGCUCGAUCGGAUUCAUCGCGCCGACGCGCGACGACGUGGACGUCGCGACGACGCAUGCGCGCCGCCGCGGCCGGAGGCUGACGGAACACGGUGCUCCGGCGAAAACCAUUUUGUUUCCCGUGCUCGCCGGAGGUUGGAGCGCGACCCAGGGGGGUAGUGGCCGCGGCGAUGCUGCCGACGAAGUCUGGAACACCAUGGCUAUCCUUCAAACCGGCAUCGACGACGGCACCAUCCCGAGCACGUACGGGUUAACUAUAGACCAUACGUCUCUGUCUCAUCAGGACGACAUGUGUGACUCGGCUAAGGUCGAAGCGGCUCUUCAUUCUGCGUUGUUUCUCUUUCUGCCGGACCAAGAAAAAUUUGAUCUUUUCGUCUGCGGCGAAGCGACGGAGUCGAAAGCCGUCAUCAAAUCUUGGGUUCAAGGCGGCGGAAAUAUCUUCGUUGGUGCAACUGGGGGCAUUUCCAGUGACGGCCGUUCGAAUGACGUCGCAUUGCUCAACGCCAUUUUUGAUUGGGAUCUCACAAAGUCUACUGGCACUUACGGCACGUUUGGGAGGAAUGAAAUCAACGCCGCCGGCACCGUGUUUGAAAAUAUGGCGGCGUCUACUUUCAAUCUCCCAGCUACUCAAACCAUGUAUGCGAAUUGUGGAACUUCGCCUUGCCUCCCAAUUUUCACCGCGGGCGCCUCUGGCACGGAUAAGACGCAAUAUAUCCUCGCCAGGUGGCAGGUCGGCGGAGGGAAUGUUUUUCACCACGCCAACAACGACCCGUAUCAAGUGUGCCCCAUCGCUCAAGUCACGUUUCCGUGGGGCGAAACGCACUCUGCCACGUGCACGCAGUCCCUCGACAAGGAUUGGGUCAUGAACUUGUUCGUGCAGGUGGUCGUCGAGCUCGCGCGCUUGUCGACCGAACCCCUAAGGCCGCCCGACGCGUGCGCGGACGCGUUUUCUUCGAACGCCACGCUCACGGAGAACGAGUGGCAUCACGUCGCCGUGAGCGUGGAUGCGUCGCAGAACGAGUUGAACGCGCGCGAUCCCACGCGGACGAUGAACUUGUACAUCGACGGCGUGAACGUCGGCAGUAGGGUCACGAAGGACGUGAGCGAGAAAUCUCCCGUGAGAAUCCCGAUCCCCCCGCACGACGACGAGACGUCCGGGCUGUACCUCGGGCACGGGUUCUGCGACGAGUUCGAAGAGGAAGAGGUCGUCGCCGCCGAGGGAUCCCUCAUCAAGUGUCACUUCGCGAACCCGUUCGGGGAAGACGGACCGCUGAGCACUUCCGUGUUCCGCGCGAUGACGCCUAUCAUUCGCAACCACGUGAACGGGUACCUCAUCGGCGACAUUCGAUACGUCCCGAGCCCCGGGAUCGCCGCGACCUGGUGGGGCGGGGACGACUGGAGCUCGAACGUCACCUCGCACAACUGCCUCGGGUUGACGUUUUUAGAAGAGUUUCUCACCGGAGACGUCGACGCGUACUACGCGCAGUACCCGCCGCCGCCGCCGAUGCGCGUGCCGUGCCGACACUACGACGGUUACGUCGACGAGUUCAAGUACUGGGACGCCGCGCUCGUGGACGCCGCGAUCAAGACGCACUUCGACAAGCGCAUCAUCUCGUGGCACCGAAACCGGUUCUCGUUGCUGUCGUACUACAAGUUCGACCAAGGCGGCGGCGCCGAGGUUGAGCCCGAGAUGCUCGACGCGUUCGGCGUCGAGAACUUGCAGCUGCGUCCCGGGAACGGCACCCUGGCGCAGAUGUGGAGCGUUGACGAGAAUCUCGUCGUCGCGAGCGAUCCGGAGGCGCCGCCGACGCCGCCGACGCCGCCGCCGAGCCCGCCGCCGCAACAAGGCCCGGCGGCGUUGUACUUCAACGGCUGGGACACGGACGUGUACGGACCGUACGACGCGAGCCUCGCGCCGAGCGACGCGCUGACGUUUCAGGCGUGGAUCAAACCGCAGGUGGACGCGCGCGGGCAAGUGCUCGCGAUGUUUGGCGAGAACGGCUGGUCGUUGAUGCUCGCGUGCCCGCUCGGCGCCGGACGCGGGUGCUGCGCCGGGCAGUAUACGCCGCCCGGCGCUCUCAUGUUCUGGACGUGGGGCAACGAGAACCCGGGGAUCAUCGAAGCGGACGAGGACUACUAUUACACGAAGAAGCGGCGGAGAAGCCGAAGCCUCCUCGAGCACGACGACCUCGUGACUAAGUGCCAGUCCGCGCCGACAUCCGACGUGGCGGUGCGGAUGAACGUCUGGCAACACGUCGCCGUCGUCGUCGACGCCGCCGCGGGAUCCGUCGCGUUUUACAUCGACGGCCAGUUCGCGGGAGAGCGAGGGAGCUCGACGAUCCUCGACAGCGGUCAACCCACGGGCGAGGAGUGCGUGUUUGAAGUCGCGCCCGAGCCCGAGCCCGAGCCCGAGCCCGAGCCCGAAGAGGGGGCGCCCGCCUCCGAGGAGGAGCCCGCGGCGGCGGAGACGCCGGCGACGAGACGACGACGACUGCGACGCAAGCUCCUCGAGCACGACACUCCGAUUCAAUACUCUCCAGCGCUGAUCAACACCGGCGGCGCCAGCGCGGCGACCGGCGGCUUACGACUCGGCCGCGCGGGCGCGUGCGAGUACCCGGUCCAGUGCUUGCAGUACGAGGGGUACCUCGACGAGGUGUCCGUGUGGCACGCGGCGAUUGCGCCGUGCGAGAUUCGCAAGCUGUACGAAUUCGGCAUGCAGACGUGGCUCCGGGAUUUCCCGAACCUCCUCGCGUACUGGAAGUUCGACGAAGCGUACUUGCAGGAGUUCAGGACGCUCCCGUCCGCGUUCGGCCUCGCGCCGUACCUCUCGAAGGUUUCGUCCGAAGAGGACGCGCCGUACGUCACGUGGAACGCCAGCGAAGCGCUCAACGCGAACACGUCCGUCUGGAGAGAGUUGUCGCCGCCGCCGGCGCCGCCGAGCCCGCCGCCGCCGCAGAACGGUCCGUCCGUGAUUUACUUCGACGGCAACGGCACGUACGCGAAGGUGACGAUCGCGCCAGAGCGAUCGUUCGAGUUUCAGCCCCUCAGCGGGCUCACGUUCGAGGCGUGGGUCAAGCCGGUGGCCUUCUCGGGCGUCCAAUUCCUCGCGUCGACGCAAAACAAAGGCUGGGGCGUCGCCCUCGGAUGCGGCGGGUCCGCGUGCUGCGACGCGCCCGCGGGGGCGCUCAUGUACUGGACCGACGUCGAUAGCUGCGCGACGAGCUCGGUCGCGAUCGCGACCGGGUCUCCGCUCGUCGCGGGGGCGUGGUCGCACGUCGCCGUCGUCGUCGACGCGUCGUCGAACCAGGUGAAAUUUUACGUCGACGGCGCCUCCGCGGGGGCGAGGUCGGGGAUACCGACGUCCUCGCCCAUCACGAACGCGCUGUUCAUCGGUCGGUACGGCAACUCCGAGGUCGGGUACUACAAGGGCAUCAUGGACCAGGUCACGCUCUUCCGAACCGCGCUGUCGCCGACGACGAUUAACGAGUUUAAACGAGUCGACGCGCGAGGCUGGCACCCGAACGUCGCGCAGUGCGUGUUGCAGUAUAAAUUCGACACCGGGAACGGCGUGCGAAUCGUGGACAGAAAAGAAGACCCCGCGGGCGGGCGCGUGAUGUACAACGCGACGCUGUACUUCCCGAACACGCACGAGCUCUCGACGUGGUUGAUCACGGAUAACAUCGCGGUGAACAACCCCCCCGCGCCGCCGCCGCCUGCGAUGUUUGGCGAGGACUACGUGUGUCCCUUCGUGUGCGACUCGGAGCACGUCUCCGCGACGUGCCCGUGCUACGCCCCCGGAUGCGACGGCGGCGACGGUUUGGAUUUCGAUGACAUCACCGUGGACUGCAUGGAGGAUAUCAUGGACUACUGCGUGAACGAUCACGGGUGGUACUACGACCCGGAGGGGUGCUGGCCGUUCGCGUCCAGAGGCGUGGACAUUCAAACCGUCCAAGCCGGCGGCGCCGCGACGAAUUUUUACGAAAACACGCCCAUCUUCGCGGACCGACCGGUGAUUCUCGUCGUCCCCGCGAAGGCGUUCAAGAACACCACGGACGUCUUGAUCACCGAGGUGAGCGAAGACGAGAUGAUCGAGAACUUUGGCGGCGACGAGCUGCUGCCCGAGGCGUACGCCGCGCGUCGAAGCAAAUUUAUCCUCGUUCGCCCGACGGACGCGACGAUCGUCUCCGGCUCGCCCGGGAAGCUCCGCAUUCCGUUCGACGCGCUGUCGCUGUUCAACGGGCAGUUCCUCGUCGGAUACCUCUCGGACGCGACCGGGGACACCUCGUGGGAGACGCUUCCAGGGAAGAUCGUCCCGAGAGGCUCCGAGAGGACGGCGUUUCCGGACGACUACGCGCUCAUCGACAAGGGGAUGGCGAACCGCGAGGAGCUCUACUCGACGAAGACACCGGAGGGCGUGGACGACCUCGAGUUGCUGGCGCACUACGACGGCAGGUCGUGGGAGGAUAUUUUCAACGCCGAGUACGACGACUUCAGCGAUAUCACCGGCGACGUGUACUACUACGAAGUGAACGUUCGCUCGUUUGGCGUGUUCGCGGUGUUCGAGUCGGACCCGGGGAACCAGCCGCCGCCGCCGCCGCCGAGCCCGCCGCCGCCGAGCCCGCCGCCGUGGCCCGCCGUCGCGGAUUUCUCCUCGGAUUUGCGAUUCUCGUUCGAGUUCAUUGGCGUCUCGAAAGAGCAGCUCGAUCUGCAGUUCGACGCGCGCGCGAGGGCGGAGGGCAUCGCGGGCGGACCCGUGGCGAUGGCGACCGUGUUUCUCGAAGCGUGCAGAGACGGCGUCAUCGCGACGACCGGUCUCGCCGAGAAGUACGUCCGCAUGGAGCAACUCAUCGACUGCACGGAGGAAGAAAUUCUCGAGGAGAAAGAUAUGUAUUGCGAGGAAGACGAGGGCGUCUUGGUGCCGUUCUCGCUCGUGUUCACCGGCGAAAGCAUGUUCAGCCCCGGCGUGGUCCCCAACUGGAUGUUCGAUCUGCUCGAAAACGACCCGGGGAAAAUCGUCGUGGACUCGCUCGCGACGUACUUGUUCACCGAGGACGUGCGAGACCCCGCGAAUAUCUUCACGACGUCGAUCACGGUGACGGAGACGAAACCGGACCCGCCGCCGCCGAGCCCGCCGCCCCCCGUGGACGAGUCGCAGAUCGUCUACGUCGCGCCUCCGCCGCCUUCGCCGCCGCCGAUUAAGGUGGUCACCGUCGCCGCGGCGCCGCCGCCGCCGUCGCCGCCGCCGCCGGAUCCGUUCGCGGUGUGGACCGCGCCGCCGCCGCCGCCGCCGCCGGAUCUCGAUAAGCCCACGAUCGAGCUCUACCUGAACGAGCCUGACUGCGAGAGCACGGGGACGAACGAGGUGACGUGCAAACUCCUGCAGACGGUCGUCUCUGAGAUGUACUCGGAUCCGGGGUUCAAGGCGAGCGAUAAGCAAGAGGGCAUAUACGACGCGUGCGCCUGGUCCGGCCGCGACAAGAGCCGGCCGUGCGUCGACGUGAAGGGCUGGCCCGCCGGGUUCAACGAGUUUGGCGACGGCCAGGUCGAUCUCACCGUCGAGAGGAUCGACAAGCCGUGGACGAUCACGUACGACGUGUCGGACAGGUCGACGGCGACGACGGGCGGGAACGCCGCGGCGCGUCAGACGCGUUUAGUCUACGUCUUACCCGAUUGCGACGUGGACCCGGUUUGUCCGGACACGCAGCUCAAGAUUUGCAAGUCGCUGUCUUCCGAGACGAAGACCGUGUGCGAAACCUGCGACGCGUCCGGGAACACGAUCUGCCUCGACCCGGGGUUGGCGGAGGAGAAGGCGGACACGCGGCCGCCGAAAAUCACGACCGCGUUUGACAUCAAGAUGCCACUCGGCGAGGACGGCGACGGGCAGUUCGCGGGCGUGUACGCCGCGGACGCGCUCGGGAACGUUCAGGCGUUGUCGUACGUCGAGCAAGGCGUCGAGUUCAAAGAUCCGGGCGCGACCGCGACGGUGACGAUCACCUCGGAAGACGCCAAGACGGGGGUGAAGGAGACGGAGACGAUCGACAUCACGGACGAAAUCGUGACGUACACCGAGGGCGAGACGGACACGGAGAUUCUAAAGGCGGGGUCGACGUUUUAUAUUCGGUACAAAAUCGCGACCGGGGACACGACGAGCCUGAUCGCGACGCGAAUCGUCAUCGUGAUCAACCCGUGCGCGACGAUGGUGGACUCGAACCUCGGGCUCACGCUCGUCGGGUCCAAGGCGCUUCCGAAGUUUACCAACUCGGAGGGCGCGUUGGUCGACGAGAUUUUGUGCAGGGACGAGGACGAAUACAAAGCGACGGGAGAGGAAGUCUUCUACUCGGACGCCGCGUGCAGCGACGGCGCGAAUUUCCCGAACCGAGAGAAAAACUACGGCUGCGGCAUGCGCAUGGCCGCGCCCGCGGAGGAGGAAGUCGUCAAGAUCAACGUCGCGCCCGAGCUCGUGCUCCUCGGCAAGCCGGUCGUGGAGAUCAUUCAAGGCCAAAUCUGGAAGCCGUGCUCAGACACCGCGGGACCGACGGACGUGUGCGAUAAGGGCAUCGACGGCGCGCUGAGUUACGAUCUCGACCAAGCUGAGGCUGACGGCGGCGUCCGAUCCCCGAUAUCGAACUCGCUCAUCAUGGUGUGCAAGGACGAUCCGACCGACCCGGACAGGGACCCGGACGCGCGGCUCAACCCGGGGGCGAAGUGGGACGCGCUCAAGACGGGCGCGCAGACGGACAUGGCGCGCGUGUGCGGGUUCGACACGAACACCCCCGGCGCGUUUAAGGUGUCGUACUCGUUCACGGACCCGAAAGGGCUCGAGGGGAGGCUCACGAGAGACGUCAUCGUCGCUCCGGAUUGCUCGCUCACAUUGAACCCGAAUAACAACCUGCCGGAGAAGCAGUGCGAGUCCAAGGUUUCGAACGAAGAGACGGGCAUCGAAGAGGUCGUGUGCUCGAAGAAGGGCUGGUGCGAGUUCGACAAGGUCGUCGAAGAGGAUGACCUGCCGGACACGCCGCCGGUGAUCACGAUGAAAUUGGUCCCGGGCGUCAUCGACAAGACGGUGAACGUGCGUCAGUAUCAAUCGUACGACGCGUGUAAACCGGGCCAAGUCCCGACGGAAGAAGUUUUCGGCGACGGCUUGUGCGACCCGGGGUUCGACGCGUACGACAACAAGCAGUACUAUGAUCUCGGCGUCAUCAAGACGACGCUCAGGAACCUCACGUCCGAGGUCUUAGCGUGCCCGCCGAAGGAGUGCGAGACGAGGGCGUCGUGCGACGACCACAAGUUUACGACGAAGGGCUUAAAAGGCUGCCUCGACACGAGCGUGCAAGGACCGAUUCGCAUCGCCUUCACCGCGCGCGACGACAGCGGCCAGAUCACGACCGCGUACAGAUCCAUUCAGGUCGUCGACCCGUGCCCGCCGUCGUACGCUUACUGCCCGGGCGUGGGCGAUCGAGGGUGCCAGCCCGAGGACGUGUGCAAGAACGCGGAGGCGCUCGCGGCCAUCGCCGGCGCCGCCGAGGUGGCAGACACGACCCCGCCGUCGUUCGAGCGGUUCAUCCCGAACGGCCCCGUCUUUCUGGUGUACGAUGACGACCGCAUCAGCGACGGCAGAACGCCGUUCAAGGUGUGCGGCGACGCGGCGGCGAUCGCGGCGGCGAGGGCGCAAAAGACAGCCGGCCAAACGACCCCGACGGAGUACCCGUGCGCGUUGGCCAUCACCGACGACAAGGACGACGCCGAGCUGUAUCUCACCGCGGCCGGCAGCAGGGCGCAACAAUUCAGACGCCAACGAGACGAUAAGGGGAGCAAGACGCUACAUCAACUUGACCUCAUCGGCGCCGGGAGGGCGGCGCCGGGGCAGUACCAUUACGAAUACGUGGCGUGGGACUCGAGCGAUAACGAGGCGACGCACCCGCUCGUGAUCAACGUCGGGCUUCGGUCCGCGAACCUCUCCAUACCGAUCACGAUCGCUUCCGCGACGUAUAACGGCGCGAAUUACGUUAGCAAUCUGAAGACCGAGCAGGCGGGGUUCAUGACGGCGGCGUUGCCGACGUGGCAAAUCUUUUUCGGCGCGCAGGACAUCGACGUUGUCAACGUGCAAACCUCGGGCGCGAACACGAUUUUCCAGCUCAACACGACGUUUUACCAGCUGUGGAAUCCCGCGGACCCGACCACGUUCGAUAACACCCGGAACUGGAACACGUCGGACGCAUGGGCGCCGGAGCCCGCGGCCGCGGCCGCCGCCGCCGCGUCCGGUCGCCGACGGCUGAUGAACGACGCGUCGCCGUCGCCGUCACCGCUCGCGAAGAAGCCGCGCCGCGUCUCCAACCGCGGCCGAGGAAGAAACUUGCUCCAAGCCUAUGGCACCGCGUCGUCGUCGGCGACGCCGGUGGAUGAAGCCCAAAUAAAGAGGGACCAGAUCGAAGCGAGGAUCACCCAGCUCUCAACAGACGUCGACGCCGCGAACACGAAGCUCAUCAACGUCAUCAAGCCGCUGAUGGACAACGCCGGCGGCAACGCGGGCGCGUUCGUCACGAGACUCACCACGCUGUGGAGUAACCAGCUCGCGGUGGCGACAAACGCGCAGACGCAGCUCGCCGGCACGGCGCUGACGAUCCUUCAGAAGCUCGACGCCACGGUGACGUACCAGCAGCAAGUCUUGGAAGCGGCGACGCAGGCGGAGAUUUUGUUGAAGAAACAAAACGACGAACUCCGGUACGUUUUAUCCCGGAGCGGAGUCGAAGGGGACGGCCUCGGCGCGCAGUGCGAGUACAGAAGCAAGCUCGGCGCGGCGGAGAUCGCGUUCAACGCGACGAAAUUUUCGCUGUGGAUUCCGCAUCCGCCGCCGAGCCCGCCGCCGCCGCCGAGCCCGCCGCCGCCGCCGAGCCCGCCGCCGGCGGCGGCGGCGGCCGGACGAAGGCGGCGAAGGCUCCUCCGCGCGGAGGAACCCGACGACGAGGACGAAAACGACGAGGGGUUCAUGCCGCUCGUCCGUCGUCUGCUUCGCUUCGGCGGCGGCGGCGGCGGCGGCGGCGACGACGACGACGAAGCGUUCGAACGCGCCGAGGCGUCGCCCACGUCGUCGCCCACGUCGCGAAGGCGUCUGCUUCAGUCGGGCAACGCGAACUGGGACGUCAGCGACUGGCACGGAUACGAGAUCUUGCGCGAAGGCGUGACGGAGCAGUACGCCAGGGAGCCCUCGUACGUGCAGCACAGGACGGUUCAAAACGCGAACCGACUCGUCGGCGGGAUUCUGCUGCAUCAAGUCCGAAACGAGUUUGAAAAGUGCGACACGAAGCGCUUCGAGAAACUCGCGGGGCGGUGCCGCUCGGAGAUGCCGUCGGUCAAACCCUUCGGCGUGGACCCGAUCUUCCGUCGACCCCCGGUCGGCAGCGAGGACCCGAAGAACUUGUUCAACGCCGCGCUCGAGUCUGAGAUUAACGCGUAUUACGACACUUCGGAUCCGCAAAAGAACGUCACGAUGAUGGACGUCGCGCAGCCGACGCCGUACGGGUUCAUCCAGCGCGAUAUCCCUGGGUAUCCGAAAGGGUUCCCAGUGUACUUCGACAUCGCGGCGUCGCGCGAUCACGUCGCGAACGUGAUUCAGUACAUCAAGGAGGGUUUAUAUUUCGACCCGCUCACGCGCGCCGUCACCGCGCAGGUGGUGACGUACAACGCGAAUUUGAAACAGAUGGCGAACACGCUGUUGACGUUCGAGUUCAUGGAAGCCGGGUUCAUAGAAGUCACGUCGAAGAUCACGAACAUGAACGUGAAGUGGUACACCGACAAGAGCGACGAUAACGACGAUGACAUCGACGACGGGUACGUCCAGGGCGUCAUGGAGGGUCUCCUCGUCGCCAUGAUAGUCUACGGAGCGCUUCGAGAGAUGCUGGAUUUCGCGCAAAACUGCGUGAAAGAAGGCGGUCUCCUGAGCGGCAUUCGCGUGCACUUCUCGCAGUUUUGGAACGUCAUGGAUUUUAUAAACAUCGCGUUGCAAAUUCUCGCGGUGUUGCUGUGGUUCAACUACCAGGUCAAGCGAAGAAAGGAGCUGAGCCCGAGUCUGCGAUACAACGUGUACGAUAACCCGACGAGCCCGAUUGCGAAUUAUUUCAUGCCGUACAAAGGGCCUUCGAGCGCGAAGCCGAUCGACCCUAAUUACGUGUUGAACCCGAUCGCCGCGGGCGCGAACGCGACGAACACGAUGCAUCGGUGGGAGCUGCCCAUGGACGAUUCCGGGAUGCAAAAACUCGGGGAGCAAAUGCAAGUCGCGCAAGAGCUCUCGAACCUUAGCACGACGUACUUUUGCGUUACCGGGGUGUCGUUCUUGUUCAUGAUCGCGCGCGCGCUGAAGUUUGUGAAGUUCCAGAGACACUUGGACCUGACCGUGCGCACGCUCUCGAGGGCGUCGCUCGACCUCGCGCAUUUCCUCGUGGUCAUGUUCAUCUCCCUGACGUGCAUGAUGAUGAUCGGUCACGUCAUCGUCGGCGCCAGGGUGGAGUAUCUGUCGACGUUGUCGGAAGCGUUCAACUUUCACUUCGAGAUGUUGUCCGUCGGCGAGGGCGUGGAAAAGCUCGGCGCGCUGUUCGUGGACGAGAACGAGGUGCGGACGUGGGUGGACAACCUGUCGAUAUCGCUCUACGCGUUCUUCAUCCCCACGUACUUGCUGUUCGUGCUCCUGAACAUCCUCCUCGGCAUCUUGUGCGACGCCUUCGGCGAAGAGAAGGAACUCAUCGAAGGCUCGGACGAGCCGACGAUGUACGACGACUUCAGCGCGCUCGUGUCGUACAAGUACGGUCUCUUCCGGAAACAGCACCCGAAGUACACGAAAAUGAUCGAGAUACUGAGGGUUAUGAGGGAGAGCAAGACGAGCGCGGCGGCGAAGACGCUGUCCGACGGCAUGAAACAAGCCGGCGGCGGCGGCUUGCUGGCGCGUCUGAAACAAGCCGGCCUCGCGGAGCAGUCCGAAAAGUCGCUCGCGAGGGGCGCCACCGCGGACGACAAGAAGACGACCAUGCUCGACUACAGAGCCGCGGCGCAGAGCAUGAAGAUGCGCCACGAAAACCUCGAGCAGAAGAUUGGCGAGCACGCGCAGCAGGGGAAGCAAACCCUCGCGGCGAGGCUCGCGGCGAGGAAGAACCCGCGCGGCCCGGAAGCCGCGGCGCUCGCCGCGCGACCGCCGCCGGAGUCGUCCUCGUCCGCCGCCUUCGCCGCCGCGGCCGCGUCGUCGUCGGACGACGACUCCGACGGCUUCCUCCCCGGGUCGCCGUCCGCGGCGCCGACGACGGACCGCGUCGCGCCGAGCCUCACGCGCUCGCGCGGCUCGAUGAUUGCGCGUCGCGACGCGCAGACGCGACAAAUCGAAGACGACGCGGAGGCGUCGCGGCUACGCUUAAACGCGCGACGACGCGGCGGGAUGUCGAAGAAGCAGAACUUCUUCGACAGCGCGGGCGCGGUCAUGGAGAGCGUGUCCCCAAUCCCCGACCGCGUCGUGCCGUCGACCUCGACGUCGAUCCGAAGCCGAAGCGGCGCGCGCGAGGGGACGACGACGACGACGACACCGACGCGCGCGCCGUCGCAGAGCGCGCGACGGGCGACGUACGACUAUCAAGAGGCGUCGCGCCGGGACGUCAUGGAACAGAUCGAAGCGCAGAUCGACACGAUGGCGGAGGGGAGCCGGGACCGGCUCAUGCGCCGCCUGAGCUCGCGCGGCGGGAACAAAGUCUCGCCGAUGCGCGGCGCGGGUCCCGGGCCGGUGAUGGAGAGCCGCGAGCGCGCCCCGGGCUCGGGAGCCGGGCCGGUCACGGAGGACGUCUCCGGCGCCGACGACGACUUCGUCCCGGUCAAGUCGAGAGCGAUGCGGAAGCUCGCCGUCGCCGCGAGGCUCGCGGCGAAGAAGAAGAGAGGAAAAGGAGGCGACGACGUCGACGUCGAGCGCGGCGAGGCGAAAAGCUUCGACGAAAACGGCGUGGACGUCGCGUCGUUGACCAAGACGGACCCGAUGACGCAGGCGGAUCUCGCCGCCGAGGGCGGCGGCGCCGCGCUUCUCGUGGACCUCUUCAAAGUCGCCGAAGACGUGGACACCGACAGCGACUCGGAGAUCGACGAGAGCGAAAAGGCGAGACGAGACGCGUCGAAGCUCGUGAAGCCGACAGGGCGUAGCGCGUGGAGCGCGGUGAGCAAGUACGCCGCCCUGCCGCGACGCGCGACGGUGGACGUGAGCGACGACUGGAAAGACCUGAUGGACGACUCGUGGCGCGAGUUCAUGCACGAGAUCAAACGCAAAGAAGCGAUGAAACGCGAGGCGAGGAUGUUCCGCCUGAACGGCACGCUCUACACCGAGGUGGAGAUUGAAAAGUUCCUCGCGAACGCGGAGCGCGGCGUCCGCGCGUCGGGAUACUUUGGCUACGAGCCGCCGCCGCCGUCGGAGAUCGACGCCAUCCUCCGCUCGAUCAAGUCGGGCAAAAUUCAGCAGCACUGGACGUUGACGUACGACAGCGACGACGAGAGCGAAGACGAGGACGAGGUGGUCAACGCGUGCAAGGACAUUCAAAAGAUCCUCGUCGAUAAGCUCGAGCGGUACGUGCAGAGAGAGCUUGACUCGCAAGAGCGGACGAUCAGGUGGCAGGCGGACGUCGAGGAGGCGAUGCGCGUCAUCGAGGAGGAGCUCGUGACGACGCAUCAGGUGAUGUCCGCGAUGGCGAAGAAGAGACAAUCGGGCGCCGAAACCGACGCGGUCAUGGACGGCGUCGCGAGGGAGCGGCUGUGGGCGACGCUCGAGGCGAAGCGCGCGCUGAGAGGCGCGCUGCAGGGCGCGCCCGGCAUCUCGCUCGACGAGGACGACGACGGCGGCGGCGGCGGCGGCGGCGCGGACGCGCUGUCGCCGUCGGCGGCGAACUUUGAUUUCGACACGUCGUCGGAUGAAGAGCGCGACGGCGGCCUCAAGCAGAGGUUCUUCAAGAAGGACGAGGACGGCGGCGAGGGGGGCGAGGACGUCGGCGGAGAGAAGAAGGUCGCGAUGAUGCGAAGGCACCGCGCGGCGAAGCAGAUGGUCAAGGCGAGGAAGCUGGGCAUGAGCGCCUACUGACGCCUCGACGCGACGACCGAAUGCAAAAAAAAAAACACGAGACGUCGCGCCGGCGGAGGAGGAUCGAGCGAAUGAACGCGUUCGUCUCCAUCCACGCCGGCGUUGAUUCGCGUACAUAGUGAAUGAUGCGGCGGACGUUUAGAUUAGAUAGCACGUCGCGUCGAAUUAUUUAAUUCAUCAUCACGAUUUAUUUCA